UUCUUUUUCCUAACCGCCUUGUGUGAGAUGUGAACAGAGCAGAGUUGAGCAUCCCAAUCUCUCUGUCUCUCUCUCUCUCUCGGUCGCUCGCUCACACAACCACACUUUCCUCUCUGAAACCCUGUCAAAGCCAUGGUCAAAGAAACCCUAGCACCUCCAUCUUCAUCCCCUUCUUCUUCUUCUGCUUCAUCUUCUUCUUCUUCAACAGCUUCCUUGAGUAACACCAAUCUCCCACCACUAGAAGACGCUUGGAUUGACACUUACCACAAAUUGCUCCCUCAUUGGCAAUCCCUCUCUCACUCUCACUUGCCAACAAUCCCAAUUUCAAUCUCGAGAGUAAAUCAAGUCGAUGCAGCAAGACUGGACGUUGAAAUGUCAGCCAUGCUGAAAGAGCAGCUGGUUCAGGUCUUCUCUUUGAUGAAGCCAGGAAUGUUAUUUCAAUAUGAAGCAGAGCUUGAUGCUUUCCUUGAGUUUCUCAUUUGGCGGUUCUCAAUUUGGGUAGAUAAGCCUACUCCGGGAAUCGCUCUCAUGAAUUUGAGAUAUAGAGAUGAACGUGCGAUGGAGCCAAGAGGAAAAGUCAGAACAGGUUUGGAAGGUCCUGGACUUACUGUGGCUCAGAAGAUUUGGUAUUGUGUUGCCACUGUUGGUGGUCAAUACAUCUGGGCUCGUUUACAGUCAUUCUCUGCUUUUCGUAGAUGGGGCGAUUCUGAGCAGAGGUCAUUUGCACGGCGAGUGUGGAUAUUGAUACAACGCGUAGAAGGAUUAUAUAAAGCUGCCUCAUUUGGCAACCUGCUCAUAUUUCUUUAUACGGGAAGGUACAGGAAUCUUAUUGAAAGAGCUUUGAGAGCUAGGCUUGUCUAUGGUAGCCCUAAUAUGAACCGAGCUGUUAGCUUUGAGUACAUGAACCGCCAGUUAGUGUGGAAUGAAUUCUCGGAGAUGCUGUUGUUGCUUCUUCCUCUUCUUAAUUCAUCAUCCGUUAGAAACUUUCUUCGCCCAUUUUCUAAAGAUAAAUCUUCAAGUUCCGAAGAGGAUGACACCGCUUGCCCUAUUUGUCUGGCUACUCCAACCAUUCCCUUUCUGGCUCUCCCUUGUCAACACAGAUACUGUUAUUACUGCCUUAGGACGCGAUGUGCUGCAGUUCCAUCAUUCAGAUGUUCCAGGUGCAGUGAGCCUGUCAAUGCCAUGCAGCGGCAUGCUGGUGCGAGCAAUUUAGUCCCAGAACAAUAAUCUUCAGAGGGAGAAGAAAAUAAAUUAAAGCAUUUAUUAUAUAGGUAGUACCACUACUUUAGUUAUUUUUUAUUCUCCCUAUUAAAAUUUUCAAAUCAAUGAAUAAAUUCCCAGUAAAAGCAUUAUUCCGCCAUGGAGUGGGGGGUUUCAUUCUUUGUCAUCUUUCCAGUGUAUUUAUUAUUAUUCAAAUAUCCUAAUGGGUUUGUUUCUGAUUAAUUUUUCUCCAAGCAUUAGAAUAUUUGAAGUGGGUCUCUCCAAGGUUCAGUUGAAUUAUAUAAACAAAAAGCAGGUGCCCUUUCAGCAAUGCCAAACAAUGAUUCUUUGGCAGAUGUCACCAACUUUAUUUUGUUGCUACUCUGCUUGACGCCAUUGUUUCUUUCGGUCAAUGCAGCCUCUGUUUCUUUGACGCAGCAUAACAAAUUGAUUUGGUGCUCUCUAUAUGUUGGCCCCCAUAAUUUAUUUUAUUUUAUUUUAUUUUAUUUUUCCCGUGGCAAAAAUGGGUAUGCUUGUGAGGGAGCCGCCUUACUACUUUCAGUGUUUGAUAGACAGUAGUAAUCUGCUUAGUUUGAAAUUAUUUGUAAGAUAUGUUUAGCAACUUCUCCGGCUACUUGUCUGCCGAUGAGCUUCCUAUUACAGGUUCCUUUGCACUCA